AUGGACGUUACCAAUAAGUUUGUAUUUAUAAAACAUUACGUUAUUUUUGCGUUAAAAGCGUUUAAUUAUUUUCCCCGGUUUUUUUCCAAAAACUUUUUAAUUUUUUUGCACUUUUCGUUGUUUGGCUUAUUGCGAAAGCGUUCGGAGUUGCCGCGCUUUGCCCAAAAAGGGUUAAAACGUUCCAUAUACUUAAAAAAGUUAAGCAUAAGCGUAAAGCUUUAUACUUUAAAAACGUUUUUAAUUUUGGUUUAA